AGUCCCUUUAAUUUAUGGGCAUCCUGCUGUUCGUCAUCCCUCUACUUUCCAAACCUCCACCUCUAGAUUUUCCUCCACCCACUCCCUGCUCACUACAGAAGACAGUGUCAUCUGCAAACAUUGUGCUUCACAGAGAUUCCUGUCUAAACGUCAUGUGUCAGUCUGUCCAUCACUACGGCAAACCAGAGGGAGCUCGAUGCCGAUCCUUGGUGCAUUUCCAACCCUCUUGAACUCCUCUGUCACACCUACAGAACAUCUCACCACUGUCUUCCAGCUCUCAGAAAAAAUCAUAGUUUCUCUGAAGCCACCAAGGUAUUCUUACGGAUUCAGCUUGUACACUUAUUACAGUAUUUUGGUUUUUCCCUGCGGUUUAUUUUACCUUAAACUCCCGAGAAGAGGCGCAGACCAAAUGAAUCAGCUGUUCCACAGCGUUCAUAACAGUUCAAGGAUUGGACACAAAAAUCUGAACAAUCGACUUUAGCCCCACUUUGAACGCCGCUGUAAUCCUAUUUUAGGUGGGUAUUGGUGUUUUAUGUCAGGAUUAGUUCCCCAUCAUGGUGUUAAUCCUAAUUGUUUUUUAAAGAAAAUGUCAUAAAAAAUGAAAAAAGGGCGGAAUUCGCUUCAAAUGAUCACGUUAACGUUAUUUUACUGGCAUAUUUCAUUUAGGCGCAUGAGGAGGAGGAGGCUAAAUUUGACCCAAACUGAGAAUAUUUCAUUAAAUCUAAUCUGAACCUGGUUUCUAACAGGCUUUGUCCGUUUUGGAGCAGUUUUUUUUUCUCUUCUACAUCCACGCGUCCUUCCCACAUGGGAGGAUUAUUACGUAACGGGGAUUUGGUCCGCGCCGGAGAGCAGCCCGCCGAGCGCAGCGCAAGAUGAAGUCCCGGCGAGCCGGACCUCCUGACGGGGGUUACGGCUGGGUGGUGGUCGCCUCGGCCUUCUGCGUCACCGGCCUGACCGGAGCUGUCCUGAAGAACUACGGCCACUUCUUCCUGGACAUCCAGGACCAUUUCGGGGUCCUGACCAGCACAACCUCCUGGGUCACUUCCACGACGAUCGUCAUGUUCCACGUAGGAGCUCCUGCUGCCAGCGCCCUGACGGCAUGGCUCUCUCAGAGGGUAGUAAUCAUGGUCGGGGGGCUGCUCUGCACCUUCGGGAUGCUGCUGGCAUCUCUGGACCUCAGUCUGCCAUGGCUCUACUUCUCCAUGGGGAUCCUUGAAGGAAUUGGCCUUUCUUUCUCAUGGGUUUCAGCCAUGAGUGUGGUGAACCACUACUUUGCACGUUGGCGACCCAUAGCCUAUGCCAUUACCAGCUCAGGGGAGUGUGUCUUUGCCUUCAUUUUUAGUCCUUUUUUCAAGUGGUUGAUUGAAAUGUACACUUGGAGAGGUGCCUUGCUCAUCAUUGGAGGCCUUCAGCUCAACCUCUGUGUGUGUGGGGCCCUCAUGAGACCUCUGGACAGCACUGAAAGUACAGCUGGUCUAGAAACUGACGCGGAUUCGUUUCAACCAAAGAAGAAGGUGAUCUUUCAGUUGUCCCUGCUAAGAAAACCCGAACUCCUCCUCUACAUUCUGUUUGCCAUCUUUGCUGCUGUUGGGUUUUAUGUCCCGACACUGUUUUUGGUGCCGUUUGCCAACAGUUUGGGGAUUGACAAGUACUGGCCUGCGUUGAUCCUCUCUGUCCUGGCCGUAGCUGACCUGGCAGGGAGGUUGUUCUCAGGGUGGUUAGCAAACAUGAGGUUUUUCAGGAACCUGCAGCAGCUCACCUUUGUGGCCACUCUGCUUGGGGUGGUGCUGCUUCUUCUACCAAUUAGCCAAAAGUACUGGGUCAUUAUGAUCCUGGCUUCCCUCUACGGCUUCCUGUUCGGCUGUGUUGUGGCCGUUCACGUCACCUGCAUAGUGGACAUUGUGACCCUGGAGGGCUUCGACAGUGGACUGGGGCUCUUCAUGAUGUUCAGGAGCAUUGGAGGCUUCAUUGGUCCACCUGCUGGAGGCUGGCUGGUGGAUCACACGGACGACUACGGCUCCGCCUUCUACCUCGCCGGCUGCUGCCUCAUCUCGUCGGCAGUGUUCGUCCUCCUGGUCGACCGCUUGGUUCAGAGGAGCAAAGCUGUGGGAGAAGAAGUCAACAAACCCGAGGAGCCAGAAACGGCUAAAGUUUAACGAGAGACGCUUCGGACUGACCGGACUUCUACCAACAUGAUGCUCUUUGGGGGGGUUAGAUCUCGUGCUACAGCUGGGAUCAUUUCUACUGAUCUCUUCACAAGUUCACAAGUGCUGUUUUCUAGAUGAAAUUUCAUUUUUCUAUAAAAACCUUAACGUUAAAAUAGGUACAUUAAAAAAUCUUAAACUUAUAAUUCUAAUUCAAUAGCUGACCAUCAUACUUGAUUUUUUUUCCGUGUAGCAGCUAUAGAUAUGACCUGAAAAAGCAGCUGCAAGUGUCCCUAAUAAUCAUUUUAAUUCAGCAAAUAAUUUAGACUGUUAUUGAGUCCAACACAGCUUCAUGAGUGGUUGCUGUAGCCUUUACUUCUCCAAUUACAUUUCAGAUUAAGCUUUUAAUCUUCAAAAUUCUCAGGAACUCCAAAGCAGCCCCAGCCAUGAUACUACCACCUCAUUUUCUUUUUCACUUUUUGAGGACAUUUUCUGUUGCACACUGAACCAAUUGAACAGACAAAAGAACUCAUUUCUUUAGAAAAAAACAUUUCUGUGUUCUAUGCUUGAAUGGGUUUUUGUAAGACUAGUUUGUUCAUCCUAAAACGACAAAAAUGCUGAAUAACUUUAAUCCUACAUUUGCAGUGUUUAUCCAGUUUCUUACCAGGUUUUGGUUUUUAUUUUCUUUGAGCAAACUUUUCUUUUAUUGUCUUUUGUAACUUUUUUACUGAUUCAUUGGAAGCUUCUGUGUUGUUGAGGCAGGCCCAACUCCACCUUGAAGCCUCAGCGGACAAGUUAAAAAAAAAAAACAGUUGUGCUUUGAAACAGUCCCUGAGAACAAGUGGAAACAAGAACAUCAUUAGUUUCUCCAGAGACUUGUAUGCUAACGUCAGCAGUAAUGCUUUUAGAAAUCCAUCCUCCAUCACUUGUGUUUUCAGGAACUCCAGAACAGUUCUGACAUGUGCAGCGCCGCAUCACAUGUUACCAUCAUACAUGACCGGAGAAAAAGAAAAAAAGAAACGUCAAAUGGGAUUGGGUUAAAGCCGCUGCACGCGCAAAAGAUCCAGGCUGACAGCAGCUUAUUAAAAGAAAAGAAAAGAAACUUAAACGGCUCUUUGAAAUGUCAAAAGAAAUGGAAACAGGAAGACUCCCGUUUUUACCCAAAUUUCCCUAAAAAUGAUUCAUAUAAAGGUAUGAACUGUUAUAAACUGCAGAGAUGAUGCGGUCCGUCAUACAUUUAUGUUUUCUAGAACACAAAUACAAAAUAUUAAAUCAGUAAAGAAAGAAUGUACUUAAAAACAUUUUAUUCUUCAUGGUUUCAUGUUUAAAUUCAGCUCAGCAGACGCUGCAGGGCUGUUUACACGAGUCAGGACAUUCCAAUUACUUUUUAGCAUUUUUUUAUUAUUUGAAUUUGACUAAAUCAGUAUUUUCUGAGCAAUGGUAACCCAAAAUUUGUGUAACCUUCUUUCCAGACUUUUUUUUUAUAACUGUUCACAGUCUUCAAGUCAAAAGUAGCUGUUAGCUAAAUGACAGGAGGUGGAGUGUGUUACAUUUUUAACAUUAUGUUCAGAUCUGCGCGUUAUCCUUGCAGCAGGCCCCCCCGCCUCUGUGCUGUGGAAGUGCUAAAGGCGGGGGGCCUGCUCGGGGGGGCUCUCUACCUCGGCGUGAACCUGACAUGAGCGUGUGGACAUUUGCAGUUUGGUGUGUUUGUGUUGUGCAAAUUGCUCAGAUGUUAGGAGUUAUGCAAGCGCGGGCCUCACGUGGCUGAAGUCCUUGCUGCAGCUUAAUGCAUGGGUUAAAGGAAAAAAGAAAAGAAAAAAGCUGAAGAUCUCUGCAGAUUAGAGAUGCUUUGCUGGCCUUUCUGCUGGUGAAUAUUUCCAAACCACUAAAGAAUUCUUUGGAUGGAUUUGUUCUGAACGGCGCUUUACAUUCUGUUCUGGCGUCUGUCAGCGAACACAGACUAAACAGAGAGACCACCUACAGUCCAGAACCCAAUCAGCACUUUUGCUGCAUCACCCACUGAAGGUUGACUUUCCAAAGUGGUUUCCUGUUUUCCCAUGUGCCUGUAGAUGGACGAGUCACUGCCGUUGUGUACUUUACUGAAGGCUUUUGAGCUGUGCUGAGCAGGAAAAUUAAUCUGCAGAAGCCUUUUUUUUUUUUUCAAAGUUAGGUUGGUUUGACCAAAGUCUGGUUCCCUUCUUUGAUUUGAGUUGAAAUGGUUUCUUUCAAGCAAUCAAAGCAAGAACAAUGCACAAGAAAAUAAAAAGAAUUCAUACAAA